AUGAAUCAAAGUUUGUUAGAGAAAUUUGUACAUAACUAUGAGUUAAAAUUGAAAGAAGUAUAUAGAAACUGUGAUACAUAUCGCCUUACUGAGUAUAAUGCAGCAGUCAAAAUCCAAGCAUGGUUUCGUGGUAUUCGAAUACGGUGCUACUUAAAACUUCUCGAAAAAUGUACAAUCAUCAUUCAAAAAACUUGGAGAGGCUAUCUAGGCCGUAAACAAUAUCGACUUAUAUUAUCCAAAACUGUUAUAGAAUAUCGACGAAAUAAAUUUAGUAAGGCUGCAGCAAAAAUUCAAAGUGCAUGGAAAGGUUAUUUAACCCGUAAAUAUAUAUUCAACUUUUAUUCACGUAAAGUUUAUCUAUCUGCACUAGUUGAUGUAGGAGAAUUUGUCAAGAAUCAGUUGUCUGAAUAUGAAAAAGAAAUGAAAUAUGUGGAAUGUAAAGAAAAGCAAGAAAAAGAACGAGACAGAAUAAUUAAUUGGGCGAAAUCACAUCAUUUUCUGGUUUCAACAUGUUGUCAACCAGGAAUAUAUCAAAAUCCAAUGGAUAAAACAAUAAAUGACAAAGAGAAGCUUCUAUUAUCAGUAGUUCGUCAAGAAUUAAUUAAAACUAACAAUAAACAAAGAAAGAAAUUAUCAACAGAACAAACAUUACAUCAAAUGAAUUCAAUGAAUAAAGAAUUGCCAAAAAUUAAAGGUCCAUUUAAAAAUCCAGAAGAAGUGAAAAAAUGGAUAAAUAAACCAAUAAAUUUAUCAUUACGUGUAUCAACAGAUUAUUUUUCAUUAGAAAAAUCUCAACAAAUUUGGAAAUCUAAAGAAUGGAGUAAUAGAUUACAUGAUAAUAAUUUCUACACUGGUCAUCCACCAACAACACCAUAUGAACGUUCAUUAUGGACAACAUCUGUGUACGGUUCAAUACCGUAUGGUACAAAACAUUUUCGUGCAUCAGAAGAUGAAAAUAGUUCAGCAAUACAUAAACAACCAAAAUUUCGUAAUAUAUUACCACCGAUUCCAUUAUUUGAUAAAUUUAAUAGAGAGUAUAUACCAGGUUAUGCAACAGGAUGA